CAGCUGCUUCUUGUGGUCAUUCCAGCUCAAGGAUCCAGUUGUCUGAUGUAGUUCAUGACUCACUGUUUUAUUGUGGAUUUUACCCUAUGAGAGUUGAAGGCUCUUUCCUUUACCGGAGGGCCUGAACACACUGCUGAGCUUUCUGAGGAUAUCAUGCGAUGUGCCUUUUAGGAAGCAAUGCGGUGGGCAGGACUUGUCAGAGACACUCUCCAGGAUUCAUGUCCCGUUAAUCUUUAGGCUCCGUUAUAGGGACGAUCGCAAGCUCGGUGCAGCAGCAGGCUCAGUUGGAGGAGCAGGAGAGGGAAUUCGACAGGGCCGAGGGAUGGAGCGCUGCCGUUCCCGGCUGCGGCGGCGAGUGUCGCUGUUGGCUCACGAUGGGCCACGGACGGGCGGCGGCGGCCAGAACAACGGUGAACCGGGAGGGAGCGGCGGGGCUGAUGGACGGAGCCCGGAGCGGAGCGGCGAAAGCGAGCCGAGCCGGGCUGCCUGGGGAAGGGGUGGAGGAAAGAGCGUAGCGAGGAGUCGCGGAGAGGCACCAGUGGGCUGAGGGGCGAGCAAGCAGCUGCUGCCGGGCUUUGCCAUGGCGGAGAGAGAAGAGCGCCGGGGCCGGCGGGAGCGAGCCCUGCUGUGGUGCGUGCUGGUGGCGGCGUGGGAGGCGGCGUGGGGGCAGCUGCGCUACUCGCUGCCCGAGGAGAUGCCGAAGGGCUCGUUCGUGGGCGACGUGGCCGCGGACCUGGGGCUGCAGCUGCCGGCGCUCGGCCCCCGCGGCGUCAGCCUUGUCUCGGCAGGUAGGACGCCGUAUUUCGCCCUGCACGGGAAGACGGGCCAUUUGGUGACGGCGCAGAGGAUAGACAGAGAGCAGCUGUGCCGGCUGCAGGAGAGAUGCGUGUUGCGCUGCGAGGUGAUCGCGGAGGGGGAAAUGCACGUUUACGGAAUCGAAGUGGAGAUCAUGGACAUUAACGACAACGCGCCCAUCUUCCCAGAGGCAGAAACGCAACUGAGAAUAAGUGAAACGGCAGCGCCGGGGUCGCGGUUUCCCCUGCGGGACGCGCACGAUCCGGACUCAGGACGGAAUUCGGUGCAGAGAUACGAGCUGAGCGGCGACGAGCACUUCUCGCUGGCCGUGCGGGCGGGCCCCGGCGGGGAGCAGCGUCCCGAGCUGGUGCUGGCGAAGGCGCUGGACCGGGAGGAGGCGGCGUUUCACGAGCUGGUGCUGAGGGCGAGCGACGGCGGCGAGCCGGCACGGACGGGCACGGCGCGGAUCCGCGUGGCGGUGCUGGACGCGAACGACAACGCGCCCGUGUUCGGGCAGGCGGAGUACACGGCGCGUGUGCCCGAGGACGUGCCCGUGGGCUCCACCCUCCUCACCGUCACGGCCUCCGACGCCGACGAGGGGACAAACGGGCACGUUGAAUACACUUUCCACAAAAUUUCAGAACAUGCUUCGGGACUUUUGAAUAUCGACUCUGAGACAGGAGAAAUAUCCCUUAAGUCAGAUUUAGAUUUUGAGGAAAUUUCUUCUCAUGAAUUGGAGGUGCAGGCACGGGACAUCGGCGAGUUUUUCGACACGGCGAAAGUGGUGAUCACAGUGACAGACGUGAACGAUAACGCGCCCGAGAUUUCGGUGAGGUCGGCGCUGAGCGAGAUCUCGGAGGACGCCCCGUCGGGGACGGUGGUGGCCCUGCUGCACGUGCAGGACCGGGACUCGGGGCCGAACGGCGACGUGCGGUGCUCGCUGGGCGGGGGCGUCCCGUUCCGGCUGGAGCGGUCCUUUGAGGACUACUACCGCGUGGUGACGGCGAGGGAGCUGGACCGGGAGGAGGUGUCGGAGUACAACGUGACGGUGCGGGCGGCGGACGGCGGGUCGCCGGCGCUGUGGAGCAGCGCGGUGCUGGCGCUGCGCGUGCUGGACGUGAACGACAACGCGCCGGUGUUCGCGGAGGCGCGCUACAGCGCCCGGCUGCCCGAGAACAACGCGGCGGGCGCGCUGGUGCUGACGGUGCGGGCGGCGGACGCGGACUGGGGGCAGAACGCGCGCGUGCGGUACCGGCUGGCGGAGGGGCGGGUGCGGGGCGCGCCGCUGUCGUCGUACGUGUCGGUGCAGGCGGAGACGGGCGCGCUGUACGCGCUGCGCUCCUUCGACUACGAGGAGGUGCGCGAGGUGGGGCUGUGGGUGCGGGCGGAGGACGGCGGCGCGCCGGCGCUGAGCAGCAACGUGUCGGUGCGGCUCGUGAUCGUGGACGAGAACGACAACGCGCCGCAGGUGCUGUACCCGCCGCCGGCGCCGGCGCCGGUGCCUGGCGUGGGCGCGGGCGCGGGCGCGGUCGCGGUCUGGGCGGGCGUGGAGCUGGCGCCGCGCUCGGCGGAGCCCGGGGCGCUGGUGGCCAAGGUGGUGGCGGUGGACGCGGACGCGGGUCAGAACGCGUGGCUGUCGUACGAGCUGGCCAAGGCGACGGAGCCGGGGCUGUUCCGCGUGGGGCUGCACAGCGGCGAGGUGCGCACGGCGCGCUUCCCGCUGGCCCGCGACGCGGCGCGGCAGAGCCUGGUGGUGGUGGUGAAGGACCACGGGCGGCCGGCGCUGUCGGCCACGGCCACGCUGACGGUGGUGCUGGCCGAGAGCGUGGCCGAGCUGCUGUCGGAGCUGGGCAGCGCGGCGGCGGCGCCGGGCGAGCCGGCCGGCAGCCUGACGCGGUGGCUGGUGGUGGCCGUGGCGGCCGUGUCCUGCCUCUUCCUCGCCUUCCUGCUGCUGCUGCUGGCGCUGCGCCUGCGGCGCUGGCGCCGCUCGCAGCUGCUGGCGGCGGGCAGCGGCGCCUUGCGCGGCGUGCCGGCCUCGCACUUCGUGGGCAUCGACGGCGUCCGCGCCUUCCUGCACUCCUACUCGCACGAGGUGUCGCUCACGGCCGACUCGCGCAAGAGCCAGCUCCGCUUGUCGGGCGGCAGCUGCUGCGACACCCUCCCGGCCCGGCCGCCGCCCGACGAGCCCUCGGGUGAUCUUCUCUUGACCGGAGAUCAUGUUGCCGAAAACGGUUGCCAAGUUUCCUUUCAGGUACGUUAAUUUUUUUUUUUUUAAGCCUUUUUUUUUGUGUACGUGGUUUUUAGGAUUGUUGGGGUAGCUACAGACAUUUCAGUGUUCACAGUCCUAGAAAUCACGUUUUAUGAUGGUCACCAGCUAAUGAAUGUCACCUCCUGAAUGUGUGCUGAGUCUGUUAUGUGUGUUUUAUGUGCCGUGCUCUCUGCUGGCUGGGUAGAGUUCAUCAUAUCUAGCUUUUGCUAAGGCUGGAACAUUCCAUUGCAUGUGCAAUUGCACAAGGAAUUUGCAGUGUCUAGGUCUUCCUCUCAGACUUCCUUGAAAUUGUUUAUGUACUUCCUCGUACCUAGUUGUCAGAAUUUCCUUUGCAUCCUGUGUUUCAACUCUCAAAUGCUGAUAUAAUUGAGCAAUCUUGUAGUUCGAAAGCCAAGACCUCUGAAGUCCCAGGUUACUUGGAAAUCCUCCUUCAACAAACGAAUUUAUCAAUCCCACUUGAGAAGACUUAGAAUUCUACAAAUAGGUUGGUAUUACACAGUGAAAAAUUCUUAAGAUAUCCCACCGAGUUUUUUCCCACUGCUCAACUUCAUAACUGAACUUUUGGAGUCGAUACAAAUGUAAUUGUUGAAUAAUGUACAGGCAUAGACAUCAAAAUAGAGUGUAUUUACUAGAAUAGAGAUGGAAAAAUUUUUAAACACAUUAUAAUUCGUUACAGUCUCUGUUUCGUGUGUCUAAUUUCAGAAUUUCAAUUAAUCCGAGAAUUUGAAAUAUUUUAGUCCUUGGUUUCCUUAUAAUAUUAAAACACUUUUCCCUGCAAAACACGUCAUCCUGUCCUGAAAGCACGUCUACUAAUCAGGCUGACUUGGAAGCAGCCUGCCCUAUUUUCUCUAUUACUGAUCUUUCAUCAUGAACUGAACAGGCUUUUAGGACUUCAGGAAUAUAAUUAAGGAAUACUAUUACAUUGCUCUAUUCGUUAUUCUGCUAUUUAAGCUGGUGAUACAGUGUAUCAUUGCAUUUUAAACAAAAUAAA